GCUUGCAAGACUGAGCAAUGCGCGUUCCCUACACCGGAAGUUACAGUCAAGUCGUUAGUGUUCAUGAGCACGGCGGUAGUGAACCGGCAAAGACGAUACCGGGGGAAGAAGAGGAGCCGGUGGACGGCGAAAGAACACACAAUCCGUGGAAUGAAAUAUAUUGAUAUUUGUUUCUCUGAGUUCUGCUAUCACUUACUAAACGUCCCUUAUUCUGAACAUCCUUAUAGCAAGAGCCUGACGUACGAGUGUCGAAGAGCCCUGUCUAUUUCCGAGGAAGGGAGUCUGUUGUGACUGUCCACUCCAUUGCCUGGGGAAGGAAGCCUGUUAUUUUAGUGUCCCCGGUGUGUGCGAAGAGGAGUGUGUGACCGUAGUGUGUGAGCAGCUCUCCCUAUGUGUGUCACAAUGGGGGACAUCAGUGACCUGGACCGACAGAUAGAGCAGCUCAGACGCUGUGAGCUCAUUAAAGAAAAUGAAGUCAAAGCACUGUGUGCCAAAGCCAGAGAGAUUCUAGUUGAAGAAAGCAAUGUCCAGAGAGUGGACUCUCCUGUCACAGUGUGUGGUGAUAUACACGGUCAGUUCUAUGACUUGAAAGAGCUGUUUAGAGUUGGUGGUGAUGUCCCAGAGACAAAUUAUCUCUUCAUGGGCGACUUUGUGGACAGAGGCUUCUACAGUGUGGAGACUUUCCUUCUUCUGCUAGCUCUAAAGGUGCGUUAUCCAGACAGGAUAACCUUGAUCCGGGGAAACCAUGAGUCCCGGCAAAUCACCCAGGUCUAUGGCUUCUACGACGAGUGCCUCCGCAAGUACGGCUCAGUCACUGUCUGGAGAUACUGCACUGAGAUAUUCGACUACUUGUCCCUCUCUGCUAUCAUUGAUGGCAAGAUCUUCUGUGUGCACGGUGGCUUGUCUCCUUCCAUCCAGACAUUGGACCAGAUCCGGACCAUUGACAGAAAACAGGAAGUGCCACAUGAUGGGCCCAUGUGUGACCUCUUGUGGUCAGACCCCGAAGACACCACAGGGUGGGGGGUGAGUCCCAGGGGUGCUGGCUAUUUGUUUGGGAGUGACGUGGUGGCCCAGUUCAACGCCGCCAAUGACAUUCAUAUGAUCUGUCGAGCACACCAGCUGGUCAUGGAGGGCUACAAGUGGCACUUCAAUGAGACUGUGCUCACUGUGUGGUCAGCACCCAACUACUGCUACAGAUGUGGCAAUGUGGCAGCCAUCUUGGAGCUGGAUGAGCAUCUACAGCGGGAGUUCAUCAUAUUUGAGGCAGCACCGCAAGAGACCAGAGGCAUCCCCUCCAAGAAGCCAGUAGCCGACUAUUUCCUGUGAAGUCUUUGAGCAGACAGCCAUGAUGUGUCGAAAUCUCCGGUACCAUUUCACACCAGCCACCCACCAUCCUGCUGCUGGACGGUUCUGUCAGUGUGAACUCAGAGCAGUUAGACAGAAAACCUGCCGAACCCUGCGAAGCUCUGUACAGCUUCAGCUUGAAGAGCAGGAUUUUUGCCACACUGCCCAAGCCUGACAGAGCAGUCACUGUGAAAGGUGUAGGGGGCGAGGUGGAUACUGGGCCCAUGACUGUUGUCACUUCUCCUCAGCUAUAUAAGAUGGCCAUUUUCUUUCUCCCCUCAGCCUCCUUCCGGUUCUGUCUGUUCUGCUCUUCUCCCACUCUGUAGAUACACUCUCCCUCCCUGACUUAACCUCCACCACUCUUGUAGUAUUUUUUUCAUGACGGACAUUGUCAAUUAGUUUUAGAAGUAUCUGGAGGGAGUUAAAUAUGUUUUCCUUUUUUUUUUUUUUUUUCCAAAAAUAUGCAGAUGUAGGAAGUUCUAUUAUUUAAGGAAUUCCUUCAAUGCAUAUGUUGUCUUUGUUUUUGAUUUUGUAUAAUUGUUGCUGCCACGAUUAAAUUCAAAAUGACCUAUUCAUUUUGUGCUCUUAUGUUUCUGUUUAACUGUCGUGUGUCACUAUUUAACAUACCAAGUGCUACUGCUCAGGACCAUCACAAAUAAAUACCAGAAAUGUAAUGACUGGCCAGCAGGACUAUAUUCACCAUUGUUUUCUCUCUUAAUUCCUUUUAAUCUACAAAUCUCUAGGUCUGUCAAUUUUGAUAUUGUGAGAAUAAAGUUUUUGUAUCAAUGCCGA